UCAAGACCUCGACUACAAAAAUGUCAGAUCCGCAGCAGUAUACUGUCGGCUGGAUCUGUGCGAUAACUNNCACAGAACAUACCGCAGCACGCCAAUUUCUCGACAAAGAGCACGCCCUUCCGACACAGGUGUCCGCCAACGACAGCAAUGGCUAUACUCUAGGCGAGAUGGCUGGCCACAACGUAGUCAUCGCGGUCCUUCCACGCGGCACGUACGGCUUGAGCUCGGCAGCAAGCGUUGCGACGAACAUGCUCAAUAGAUUUCCCAACAUCAGAGUCGGGCUCAUGGUUGGCAUCGGUGGCGGCGCACCGACGGCGAAGCACGAUAUACGGCUCGGCGACGUCGUGGUGAGCUCUCCAGAGAACCAUACGGGUGGAGUGUACCAGUAUAACUACGGAAAGACAAUACAAGGCCGCGGGUUCCAGCAGACAGGCUUCCUCAACAAGCCUCCAGCAGUAGUGCUCACGGCAGUUAGCGUGCUCGAAAGUACGUACGAGAGCGACGGUCAUGAUAUUGAGGACAGAAUAAAAGCCAUCCUCGAGAAGAAACCGAAGCUCAAGAAGAACUACAGUCGGCCAGCACAAGAAACAGAUUGUCUCUAUAAGUCGACUAUCGUUCAUCCAUACGACAGCGAAGGAAACAGCAAAGGAGACUGCAGACAACACUGCGGAGGUCAACCCCACGAUCUAGUCCAACGUCGCGAGCGAGAGGAAGACGAGGACAAUCCAUCCAUCCAUUACGGCAUUGUCGCAUCUGCCGACCAACUGAUGAAGGAUGCAACCAUAAGAGACAGUUUGGCGAAUGAGAAGGGUAUAUUGUGCUUUGAGAUGGAAGCCGCUGGUCUUAUGUAUGGCUUCCCGUGUCUAGUAGUACGCGGCAUUUGCGACUACGCGGACUCGCAUAAGAACAAAGAGUGGCAAGGUUAUGCGGCAAUGACGGCAGCUGCCUACUCUAGGGAUCUGCUCGCCAAGAUGGUACCAACCAGAGUCGCCAACGAAGCGAAGCUCCUAGAUUUGCUUGGUGUGAGGUGUAUGCUGAUUGUGAUGGUAGACAUGAUCAAGAUGAAUGAGAAUUUGGAAAAGACGAAUGAUUUGACGACCGAAUACAUCACGAUACAAAAGACGAAUUACCAGGACGACAAACACCGAAAGUGUCACCAAGCUCUCAAGACCAGCACAUAUGAGCAGUUUAAGAACAUCAAUCCCGAUCGUCGUUGGAAAGAUGCUGUCCACGAUGAUCUGCUCUGGAUCUCUGCAGAUCCUGGCUGCGGCAAGUCAGUCCUGUCAAAAGCGCUGGUCGACGACGAGUUGAGGAGGAAUGCGGAUGGCAACACCGUCUGUUACUUCUUCUUCAAGGACAACGACAAACAGAACAGUCUUGCGACUGCUCUAUGUGCGUUGUUGCAUCAGCUNUUUCAGCACCAGCCACACCUUCUACACCAUGCUCUCCCAGCAUGGAAUAAAAAUGGAAGCAAGCUGCCCCCAGAGACUGACGAGUUGUGGCGCAUUUUGCUCGCGGCAACAUCUGAUGUAGCUGCAUGUAACACGACAUGUCUGCUAGAUGCUCUUGACGAGUGCAAAGACAAUGACCGGAGUAAUCUGAUUGCUAAGCUCUCUCGUUUCUAUGAGACCGCUGCAUCGCAAAGCGGUCGUCGGUCCCGACCUUAUGAAAAUAUCCAGCGAGACUUUCAGCACAUUCAUUCGUCACUUCCCGCUAUCCGCCUACGUGGAGAGGAGGAAAACGACCAAAUUCGGACAGAGAUUAACCGUGUCAUCGAGUUCAGAGUCUCUCAACUCAAGGAUGAGAUUCGUUUCGAGGAAGGCCUGCACGCUCGGCUNGACCAAAAGCUUCUCAUGAUGGAGCAUCGCACAUACUUGUGGCUCCAUCUAGCAAUAGAUGCCAUCCGCACAUCUCUCCAGAGUCCACGACCGAAUGAAGAAGCGAUCGAGUCUGUACCAUCGUCUGUUGAGAAGGCUUACACGGACAUCCUGACAAGAGUGCCAAAGAGNCGACAACAUGAUGCGAAGAUUAUCUUGCAAAUCAUCGUAGGAGCUCGUCGUCCUCUGACCGUGGCUGAAAUGGCUCUCGCAUUUGGAGCUGCAACCGAUAAUACAACACGACGGACAUCAAAAGACGUCGGUAUCGAUCCAGGUCAUCUAAAAAACCAUCUCAGGGAUUGGUGUGGCCUCUUUGUGUUCAUCAAUCAUUCGAAGAUAUACCUGAUACACCAAACUGCAAGAGAGUUCCUUGUCGCUCGCCAAGAUCUCAAUGAUACGCAGCAUUGGACGAACGGAAGCUGGAGACACUGUAUCCAGCAAGCACAAGUGGAGCAGAUGAUGGCUGUCAUCUGCAUGCGCUGCACCAACCUGGAGGACCGCGAAGCGCUAUGUGGCGAUGACGGUUUGAUUUGGAGCCUGAGAGGAGAGGACCGAGACAAUAACUUUGUCGAAUAUUGUUGCGAGUGGUGGACAAUUCACUACAGAUCUUUUGAGAAUGCAGCUGACCCAGACGCUUUCAGACAGGCGCUAAAGCUGUAUGAGUUACGUAGCCAGACGUUCAAUUUCUGGUUUCGCCGUUUCUGGUCCCGGACUCAGCGUCGUUCAUAUAAACCAGUCACGACGGAGAUCCAGCUUGCGGCACUCAGCAGCCAUAAUGAUAUCUUGAAGCAUUACUUGCAAAUGCCUGAGAGCGAUUUAGAAACAGCGGAUGGUUCAGGAAGAACGGCAUUAUACUGGGGAUGCGCGCAAGGCCAUGAUCGGACUGUUCGGAUAAUGCUCGAUGCAGGUGCAGACGUUAAUGGUAAUGGCGGAUUCUACGGCAGCGCGCUACAGGCAGCCUCAGCUGGAGGCCAUAGCAAGAUCGUGCAGAUGCUGGUCGCCAGAGGUGCAGACAUCAAUGCUAAAGGCGGAAGUUACGGCAGCGCGCUACAUGCAGCUUCAUCAAAUGGCCACAACGAGAUCGUCCAACUGCUGCUCGACAGAGGUGCAGAUGUCAAUGCUCGCAGCGCACUGCAGGCAGCUUCAGAAAGAGGCCACAGCGAGAUUGUCCAACUACUGCUCGACAGAGGUGCAGACAUCAAUGCUAAAGGCGGAAGUUACGGCAGCGCGCUACAUGCAGCUUCAUCAAAUGGCCACAACGAGAUCGUCCAACUGCUGCUCGACAGAGGUGCAGAUGUCAAUGCUCGCAGCGCACUGCAGGCAGCUUCAGAAAGAGGCCACAGCGAGAUUGUCCAACUACUGCUCGACAGAGGUGCAGACAUCAAUGCUAAAGGCGGAAGUUACGGCAGCGCGCUACAUGCAGCUUCAUCAAAUGGCCACAACGAGAUCGUCCAACUGCUGCUCGACAGAGGUGCAGAUGUCAAUGCUCGCAGCGCACUGCAGGCAGCUUCAGAAAGAGGCCACAGCGAGAUUGUCCAACUACUGCUCGACAGAGGUGCAGACAUCAAUGCUAGAGGCGGAAGUUACGGCAGCGCGCUACAUGCAGCUUCAUCGAAUGGCCACAACGAGAUCGUCCAACUACUGCUCGACAGAGGUGCAGAUGUCAAUGCUCGCAGCGCACUGCAGGCAGCAUCAGUAAAAGGCCACACCGAGAUUGUUCAACUACUGCUCGACAGCGGUGCAGACGUCAAUGAUAAUGCACUACAGGCCGCUUCGUACAGCGGCCGCAUUCAGGUGGUGCGGAUGCUGCUCCGCAAUGACUCUUCGAGUAAACUAACACCGACACAGUUCGCUAGUUCAGGCUCAGGGUCUAAAGUAGAAGUA